UAAACUUUUUCCAUAAUUACAAUUGUUAAUAAUUCCAUGCACUAGGAAUGCAACAGUCUAAAUGAAUGUCCAUUUUCCCUUUCAUAAGACUUUUGUAGAAUGUAGUGUGCAUAGCCACCUUCACAUUCUUUGCUUCCCAAACAAAAAAAAAAAAUGGGCCAAUACAACCAUAUAGAUCUCUCACAGUAUAAAUUCCUCUCAUUGCAAACACGCAAAAGCUAGCCACUAGCACUUGAGAGUCUGGUUUCUGAGGAGCAAAGCAAUGGCAGAGGCUGUUGCCACAUUUCUCUUAGAGAGAUUGAAUAAUUUUAUCAUAAACGAAAGUCAGUUGCUCUUCGGAGUGCCUAAAGAUUCUGUUUGGAUUGGAGAUGUGCUCCAGAGAAUGAAAGGGUUCCUGCAAAGUGCUGAUAAAAGAAAAGUGACAGAUGAGGAACUCAAAGAUUGGGUGAGACGUGUCAGAGAGGUUUCCUACGAUGCGGAUGAUAUCCUUGAUGAGUUCAUCAUUCAGAUGAAGAAUUUACAGCAACAUGGCGGACAAAAUCGUUGCUUGAAUUUUGCUGAGAAAUUGAAAGUCCGUCAUAAGUUUGCAACUGAGAUACAGAGCAUUAGGAGGAGGGUUCAAGAAAUUUCUGAUGGGAGGUCAAGGUACCAAUUGGAAGCCAAACAAGAGGAAGGGACGUCCUCAAAUGAUUCAAUAGAACAUUGGCAAGAUCCACGUCUCACUUUUUCUUCUAUGGAGGAAGAUGACAUCACGGCGAUCGACAGCCGAAUGGAAAAGGAUUCAGGAUGGGAAGUCCGUGAAGGUGGUGGUAAAGUCUCUCGUGUCGUUUCACUUAGUUACAAUGAUCUUCCUCUACAUCUCAUGUCAUGUCUCUUGUAUUGUUGUUUAUUUCCAGAGGAUCAUUUAAUUAAAAAGAACAAACUUUUAAGACUAUGGGUUGCCCAAGGGUUCGUUGAAAACAAGGAUGGGAAAGUCAUAGAGGAUGUCACUGCAGAGUACUUUAAAAGAGCUGAUUGACAAAGCAUGCUGCUAGUUGGUGACCAAUUUAGAGUUAGACAUAUCUCUUCCUGCAGAGUUCAUGAUGUCGUACAGGAGUUUGCAAUCCCCAUUGCUAAGGAAGAGCUAUCGGGUGAAUUCUAUGGUGGGGUGGGUGACUUCGACCCCUCCCAAGGAGCUCGUCUUUUUUUUAUUGUCGGUAAUCCUUGGAAAAUUCUUCAGAACAGAGAUUAUCUAAGGGUUCGUUCUGUCUUUCGGCAACAGAUUGAAUUGAGAGAUGUAUCAGUGCAUUUGAGGUACAUUGGCAUACAUAAGAGAUUCGUAUCUGUAGUAGCAGUAGAAAUAAAGCUUCCUGAAAAGUUACCCAAGUUGCAAGAACUGCAGUACGCAAAUGAUGUGCUUCUGGUUAAAGAAGUCGUUCACCUCAGCAGACUCCGCAAGUUAAAAAUCAAAUGGGAGAUGGAACCCAACACCACGAAUUUUGCAGCUUCCUCCAUCUCUAUUGUCGCUCGAUCAGAAAUGCGGCUGCAAAGUAUUCCUGGUGAUGUUUUAUCCCACAGUCGCCUCACCAAGUUAACGUUGCUGAAUAGUAGGUUAAGUGAUGACCCCAUUGUUGCUCUCCAAUCCCUUCCUAACCUAUCCUACCUCUACCUGCUUGCUUGCUGGUGCAUACAUAGGUCAAAGAAUUGGAGCUUGUCAUAG